UCUUAUUUUUCAUAUAGCUGGUUGCAACAAACAGGAGACAGGCCUGCAACAACAAGAAAAAGCUGCAAAAGAUUCCGUCACAUUCUCUGGGGGUUGAAAUAAGACAUUCGAGCUCUUUUUCCUGGUUCUUUAAUAUGCUAUUCCCACUCUCUCUCGCCUAGAUGAAUACUAUAGCACUACAGCUACAGCUGUGACUUUACUCUUCACCCACCAAAAUAUAGGCAAACUUUUUGGGUCAUGGAAAAGAGGAAGAAGGAUCAAACCCUUGCUUGCUCUGCUACUCAAGAACCUGAGACAAGUGGGCUCUUGACCAACGAAGACCAAGGCCAACCCAAUGUUUCACUUGUGACAAAAACUAACAGAACUGGUAGCCCUUCGGAUGGCAAUGCAUUUUCCCUUAAUCAGCAGCACCCCCCAGUUGUACAAUGGCCAUACACAGCUCAACAUGCUGUGGAGCAGCCCCCCUUAAUUUCUAAACCCUGUAUUCCCACUCAAUCACUCUCACCUAUCAUCCUAAACCAAUGGCAGCAAUUAUCACAUCUUCAACAAAAUCCCGCUGGCCACCAGGACCAGCUUGGACAGCCACCACAUUUUGUUCAACCAACAGUACCAUUUUGGCUGCCCCAGCGGCCGGUUUACCCAUUCCCUGGAGUGAAUGCUGCACCCACCAUUCAGCCGUUCGCUCCCCUUGGAACAACUGAUAGUGGCUGGCAAGCUCCUGGUGCUCUAGGAGGAGGAACUUCAUCAAAAAACCAACCCCAGAUUCCCAAUUUCUGUUAUCAAGUUGGAUACACGCAUCCAGGCUUUCCAGGUCCUUGGGAUCACUCAUCUUGGUGGGGUCAAGCACAACAAUCACAAUCUCCUUCCACUUAUGCUUUCCCAGGAGCAUGUGGCUUCUUUUCUUUACAACCUCCCCCGAUGCCUAGCUGUGCAGCAUCCCUUGGACAACAAUUCUUUCAAAGAGGAAUAAUCAGGCCUCCAGCAAAACUUUCUCAGAAGCAUCAACAACUCUGGGAUGCUCAAUCGGCAGAGAAUGUUCAGCUAUGGAAUGUAAUUAAUCUCUUGCAAUCAGAAAUAGCUGAUUACAAGAAUCGGUUAAUGAAGCUCGAAGCAGAAGUCUCGUCUCUGAAACCAACAGUGGAAGAGGCCAAUGCACAAGUUAUUGCGUUUGGUUCUGCUGGGAAACCAUCAAAGAGAGGGAGAUCAAAGAGACCAUCAGUCAAUACAUUAACUUCUCCGAGUGAGUCUCAUCCCCGAGCUCGAGGAAGAAAGCAUCCACCUGCUCAAGCUCAAUCUGAGAGUAAAACGCUUAUUUUUGAGAAAGUUAUCCUUAAUAAGGUGGAAGAUAAACAAAAAGCAUCUCACUCCACUGCCACAAUGGAGCAAGAAAACAUUGAAGAGAUCUCGAAUAUCUUGACACCUCACUCUAGUGGCAACAUGGAGAUCAAUGGAAACAAUCUGAUGAUGCCUGUGUAUCACAAUCAAGUUCAUCAGCAAUUUACUGGAGUCCAAAUUGGUGGAUUUGGUCUUAAUUCCUCUUCAGAAUUGAACAGUAUCGAUGAAAAGGUCAAGAAGUUGAAAACUGGCUAUUCAAUUCUGUCUCAGCAAGCCAAGGGGAUGAAUAACAAGGGCGCUUCCACCAUUAAUAUGGGAGCCACGGUUAAUGGGAGUCUUGGGUGGCAUCCUAAUAUCACCUCUGAAGACUGUGGAAGAAAUUUGAUAAACAUGGGUUCUCAGGGUUUCUACAAUGAUGGCAAUAUAAUAAGACAAGAAGGAAAGAUCAUUCCUGGAUGGGGUUAUGUAAAUGAAGAGGAUGCUUCUGAAGAGCUUGAAGAUGCUGUGGUAGGAUCAGCUAAGGAUGAAAAAGAGGAGGAAAUGGAAGAUGAUGCCAGUUCAGGAGCCGAAGAAAUUGCUCAAAAACAAGAUGAGGGUGGCUACAAAAUGGAUGGUGCAGUAGGAAUUAGCCCUAAAGGUCUCCCUCCACAUAGUAACUGGUGAUAGUUUCCACUUUUCUUGCACUUUUGUCUAGAUAGAAAAUAGAUGUUGGUAAUGAAAACUCUGCUCCAUUGGGCCAAAUUCUUUCUUUAGAAAGAAAGGUUUGCCCAAAAUUUUGUACAGGAGUAAGAUGAUUUAGCUAUGCCAAACUUUAUACAAUUGGAAAUGAGUUUAU